AAGAAGGCAGGUGAGGUUGCUCCCUCUUCUUCCUCCGUACCUAAAAAACAUCACGACCUAGUUUCAUUUUAUUCCCCUCUUUCUCAGUGCUGAGGAAGGAAGGAAAUCGAAGAAGAUGAGUUACCAGAGAGCUCCCCAAGAGCCCUACCCAUAUCCUCCAGGGUACGCGCCUCCUUAUCCACCUCCACCCGGUUACCCAUCAGCGCCGCCGCCACCACCGCCGCCGCCUCCAUACGAGGGGUACCCUCCGCCUCCGCCACCUGGGUAUCCCGCGUAUCCUCCACCUCCACGUCCGCCUUACGAGGGGUACCAAGGUUAUUUUGCAGAAGGGUAUCCGCCACCGCCGCCUCCUCCUCCUCCUCCUCCAGGUCAUCCUCGGUAUCAACACUACCAUGAGCAGUAUCACUAUCAAGAUCAGCAUGAUACUGGCUGUUUCUCGUUCUUGCAAGGCUGUCUUGCUGCACUUUGUUGCUGCUGCAUGUUGGAGGAAUGCUGCUUCUUUCUACGGUAAUGAAAUGGGCAUAUUCAAUAUUUCACAUUUGCAAGUCGCUACACUUCCUUGAGUCAAUAUGGGGGGAGAAAUGUCGCUUCCAGUGACUUCUGCAUGACAUUAUUAGGGUUUGGUGAUUGUUGCCUUGCAUCCUUCUUGGAUGUGAGGAGUUGUGUCUACUACAUACAUGGGUUCCAUGUCUGUUUAUUUCUGGAGCUUUAUCUAUCCAAAUUUGUAAACAGAAGCUAUCAAUAUAAAUACAGCUCUUAUUG